GUAAAAAAAUUGCAUAAAUUUAUGUAAGUUAUUGUAUUAAGUAAAAUGUUUAAAGAGUACCUGUAUACUUAUCAUGAAGAUGACCUACUCAAUAUACUAAAAUCUGAAAAUAAAAAGCAGCACUACUCAUUAACAAUUAAUUUUUUAACACUUUUCGAGAAAAAUGCCAAAUUAGGAGAAGAAAUACUCGAGGAUUCAAUUAAAUUACUAGAACAGUUUGACAAAGAUUUGAUCACGGUUCAAAGAGUUUUAAAAAACAAUCACAAAGAUUACUCAGUUAAACUCAGGGUUAAAAAAAAAAUACAUACUCGAAUUACUGCAUUACCAUUAUGUCCAGAACUUCAUCGUACAAUAUUUCCUCGCAAUGAAGAUAUUGGUUCAUUUUUACGUGUCAAUGGCACUGUUGUAAGAACAGUUUUGCCCAAAUUAUUAGAGUACAAAAAAGUUUAUUACUGUUCUAAAUGUAAAGAACCAUUUGACGUAAAGAUUGAUUAUGAGCAAUUUAAUAAAUUGGUAGUUCCUUUAAGAUGUCCAAACUCAGAAGGUUGUUCUGGUACUAAUUUAAAACCAUUAAAAGAUGAAGAUCAAUUUUUAAAAGAUUAUCAAGAAAUUAAAAUUCAAGAACAAAUUGGUAAAGUGGGCCUCGGAGCAAUGCCUCGUUCAAUGUGGGUAUCGUUAGAAGAUGAUUUGGUGGAUAAGUGUAAACCUGGUGAUGAUGUCAUAAUAUGUGGUACUGUUAUUCGAAGAUGGCGUCAGACUGUUGAAAACUCUUAUAUUGACAUAGAGUUAUGCUUCAGAGCUAACCAUUUGAUUGUCUGUAAUGAUCAACAGUCGGCAAUUAUGAUAACAAAUGAAUGGGUCCAUGAAUUUGAAACAUUUUGGGAAGACAAUAAAAACGAUUUAUUAGCAGCUAGAGAUCUUAUUAUAGCAUCAAUUAGCCCUCAAACUUAUGGAUUGUAUACUGCAAAAUUGGCUGUCGCCUUAGGUUUAGCUGGUGGAGUGCAAAGGCCUGCAUCAGAAGGUGGUGGAACUAAAAUUCGUGGUGAAACUCAUUUAUUAUUAGUUGGAGAUCCGGGUACUGGCAAAUCGCAGCUGCUUAAGUUUGCAUGGAAAGUAUGCCCUAGAUCAAUAUUCACCACUGGAGUUGGUUCAUCAAAAGCAGGACUGACUGUUGCGGCGUUCAGGGAAGGGUCUGAAUGGCAUUUGGAAGCUGGUGCCCUAGUAUUGGCUGAUGGUGGAAUUUGUUGUGUCGAUGAGUUUGGAUCAUUAAGAGAAGAUGAUCGUACAGCGAUUCAUGAAGCAAUGGAACAGCAAUCGAUUAGUGUUGCAAAAGCUGGUUUAGUAUGUAAGCUAGAUACUCGCUGUACUGUUAUGGCUGCAAUGAAUCCAAAAAGUAGAUAUAAUUUAAAUUUAUCCAUAUCGGAUAAUAUUAAAAUAGCCAGUCCAUUGCUAAGUCGUUUUGAUUUAAUUUUAAUUCUUAUAGAUACAAAAAAUGAAGAGUGGGAAAAAGUUGUAUCUUCAUAUGUGCUUCAAGGAAAAAAACCGGGAGCUCAUAAAAACAGUACAACAUUAUGGAAUCUAGAAAAACUUCAACAUUAUUUUUGUACUAUAAGAAGUAUGACUCCUGAGACUACAGAAGAUGCUAACACAGUUCUAAGUAAAUAUUAUUGGAUGCAACGUCAAAGUACCUACAGAAAUCCUGCUAGAACUAGUGUACGGUUUUUGGAAAGCCUUCUGAGGUUAUCUCAGGCACAUGCAAAACUCAUGUUCCGUAAUCAAGUUCUCGUUCAAGAUGCUAUAGUUGCUGUGUCACUAAUGGAAUGUUCAAAUGAUGAUGGGUCUCCAGAUAGUAUUAAUACCUUAUACACUAAAUUUCCUCCAUGUCCUAAAGAAGCAUAUAUUAAAGAAAUGGAAAGAAUUUUGAAAAAAUUAGGUUUGGAUGACAUUCUUGAAAAAGAAAUGAAUUUGUGGUGUAAUACAUCUUCAGUACAUUUGUCUGACACAACUAAUACCAGCAUAGAUGAUGUUAAUAAACAGAACAUUCUUUCUAAAAAUUCAGAUAAUAGUUUAACAAACAAAAUAACAGAAACCAUACAAAAUAUUAAAAUAAAAAAACAAAAAGAUUUUUUUAAAUCUCAGAUGCACAAAAAAGAAUUAAUAAAACCAUUAACAUCUAAAAUUAAAACAAAAUGUGUUAAUGCUCCCAAACAGGACACACAAUUUAUAAUUGAUGAAAACUCGAAUGAUGAAGAUAUUUUUGUCAACAGUACUAGUAAAAAUAUUACCAACAUUUCAACAAAUUCAUCUACCUUACCUAUAACAGCAGUAACAUCACCAGGGCCAUCUACAAACAUUUCUAAUAACUCUUGUUUAAAACGGAAAAAUUACAUUUCACAAACAUUAUCUAGCACUAAAUUAGAUACAGGGCAGUUGGCAAGAAUGAAGCUGAGUGUGUAUCGAUAUCAUAAAAAGCCAACUAGUUCAAACAAUAAUCAAGAAGAACAACCAAAUAUUUUGAAAUCACCAACAAUCCAAAAUGAUCCAUCAUCAAAUUUAUCAAAUAUUUUCUCAUUAGAAGAUGAAGAUGAUUUAUCAUAUUUAGAUAUAGAUUGAGCGUAUUAUA